AUGACGUUCUUUGAUUUUGAUAACGACACCCAUAAUCCUUACGGAGAAUGCACUGUGACGUCAUAUCUCAAGGAUGUCCCAAGUCGUGAUAUAGUGGAACACAAGAUUGCCCUGAUCAUCAUCCAGGUCAUACUCUGUCCUUUCGCGAUGUUUAUUAACUUUUUGUUUCUAAACGUUUAUUACUCAAACGAUCGGCUGAAAAACAGGUCCAAUCUGUUGCUGGCGAAUUUGUCACUAUCGAAUUUAUUUUACGUAUCCAUCUCGUUGCCUCUCUCGACCGUGCGUCAUGUCUUGGAGAUUAUGGGGACUCAUGUGUGUAUUCUUUGGGAUAUUCAGCAAUGUUUAUUUCUGUACCUGUCAGCAAUAUCGUAUACAGCGUUGCUACUCAUAGGCGGGGAACGAUUUGUCGCGCUGUUUUUGCCUUUCCAGCAUGCUGAUAUUUGCACCAUUCCAAAGAUAAUACGAGCUAUUGUCAUCGCAUGGUUAAUAUGCGCCGCACUGUUGACGCUAAUCCUCAUAGGCUCAGAAAUAUUCUACUCCAUUGUAUGCUUCAUACUCGUCGCAACCUUGUUUGUCGUUGCAAUUAUCCAUUGGAAGAUCUUUCUCGAGGCAAAAAAACAGAGACGAAAUAUUUUUGCAGAAAGGUUAUCCAUCUCACAAAAUAUGCCGGGCCUCGCUGUUGCAAGGUCGCGCAAGGCGGAGAAGAAUGUGGGCUGCGUCAUUGGUUUCAUGUUGGUCUGCAGUCUUCCCAUGGUCGGAUACUUGGUGUAUACGCUUAUUGCUGGAUUUUCGGUGUUUGCUGCUUAUGUAGUUGCUUCCUGGGCUGAAGUGUUAUUGUUCAUGAACGCGACUGGUAAUCCCUUUAUUUAUUGUUUAAGAAACAGGUGUAUUAGUAAUGCAAUGUGGAACGUGAUAUUGCGGAAAAAAUAA